AUGUUUUGCCGAAGUGUCGAACUCAACAAUGAGCACAGGUUCACCCACUACUUGUACAUGCCAUUUGCCAACAACGAUGGGAGUUGUCACAGCCCUGCGCCCAACCGCCAACUGCGCGAUUUGGAGACCGAUGAGCUGGAGCGGGCAGGUGCUGACUUCAUGCUCCACUGCUUCAGGACGCAGAUGAACGGAGCAUAUCAUGACCUUGAAUGGCAACCGCCCAAGCCACUUCCAAGCUUGAACAUGGCUGUGGCAAGGUUCAAGAAGGAGGUCCAUAAGUUUUUGCAGGAUCAGAGCAAACGUCUCCUCCUCCACAUUGAUGAGCACCGCUCGAUGAGCGCAUCUCCCGAGUUCAGGUGUCGGGUGAUUGCCACCUACGUUCAACCACCGGACUUGCCUGCGCAGAACUCGUCCAAAGUCUGCAGGUUUGCAAUUGCCAUGAUGCUGGUGGAUGUUGGGUCCUUGAUGACUGUUGACGCUUCAGAUAAUGCACCAGCCACGGCGGCGGGCUUGCGAAGAAUCAGGCUUCCUUCAGGUGACUGGAAUGGCAAGGCACGGCGAUUGCGCGCAACACUGCGAGUCAAGCUGAGCCUCUUCCUUGUGGACAUCGGUCUUGACCAGCUCCACCUUCCACAGGAUGAGAAGAGCGACCUGCGCAGAACUUUCAGAAACAUCCAGGACCAGCUUAACAAGAAGGGAAACCUGGAGAGCAAGCUCAUUGGAGCUCUUGGAUGUUUUAGCGUCGCUUUGCCAGAUCGAGAUGAACAGGUCUCAGGAGCAGUGGACUUGUUGUUGGGCAUAAAAGAUGCCCAGGCAGAGGACAGACGGUGUCCGGGAGUGAUCUCGUUGGACAACCGGAAGCUGACUCUUCCGCUGGAGAGGUUGCUGGCAGCUCGCGAUGAAAAGGGCGAGAGCUUCAAUCUUUUUUGCGAUGGGCAAAGUAUGUUCAGACAAUCUAUUCUGGGAAAGUCUGACUGGUGCGAUGGUCUGGUGUUGGAGCGGGCAUACGCAUGGGCUAUUGCCUGCAAAGCUGCCCAAGCAGCCGGUCGAUUUCCGUUGGACGACGUGGGGCGUGAGUUCCGUUUCCAGUGCAAAGAGCUACGCGAUGGAAUCAAGCAGUUCAAUGGGAAGAGCGCCAGAGUCUUCACAAAGAAGGGAAAGCCCUGCAUUGAUGGUAUCCGCUGCAUAGAGCAUCGUGUCAUGUAUCACGCGCUUUCAGAAGGUGGCACGGCUGGCACACACAAAGGCUUCGACAUUUGGUUCAAGACGACAGCGAAUGAGUUGGUGCUGUUGGAUGUGACUGGAGCUACCAACGCCAAAAGCUGCAAAGAAAAGGUGGAACAAAUCGCCCAGAAUGCAGCUGCGGUGAUGAACGAGGUGCAGAACGCGCCAGAACCUGUGGAAUCAGUCAUUGGCGUCAUUGGUGUUCUCUUGGCUCCGAAUUGCUACAGCGCCAUCGAAGAGCCAGCGACAGCUCAAGUGGUGCAAGGAGGUGCAGCAAGAGACCUGUUGGGAGGCUUGCAACAACUGUUGACUUGGCUUGGUGAAGAUGUUGACUGA